AAAAGCCAAUUAACCAAAAGUUGUGAAAACAAGACUUAAGUGGAAGACUGAUAAAUCAAAAUGAGUAUUAUAAAAGUGAAUACAACGCGUUAGGUUUGUACAAUACACAUUUUUCUGAUCAUUCUCAUAUUUGAUUAAUUGCUUCAAAGCUUUGCCCACUUUCUUCUUCCUCACUUGAUUCCUUAAGAGUAGAGGGAAACUUGUUUAUGCUUUAAAUUUGGUGAGACAGGCAAAAGAACGAGCAAUAAUCCACAAGGAGGAUUAUCAUCUUGGUCGAAAAUAUUUCGUUGAUCCAGUUUAUCCAGAGAAUAUUUCUCGAUCAGGAAUUCCUCUGGAAUUUUGACAACAGAGAUGGAGGGUGAUACUCCUCAUGCUCAAAACAAUGACCCUGAGCACGACAAUCCAUUGAUGAAUGUGAACAAUCCAUCAAGCAACUUGACUUCUAAGAAAGAUGCACAAUGUUUGUCGGUUUUAUGCAACGGGAAAUGGUUACACAUUGUUAGAAGCAGUCCCAAAGUAUCAUGUGAGGUCUCUACUUGUACAAGUCAUUUUUCGAGCAAAGUAGGAGAAGACUAUGAUGCGGCUGAAUCCGAAAAGAUGCAUAACAAGGUAAUCUCUUUAUCGAGUAAAACCUUGUCGUCAGACUACUCUCAGGGCAUCCUUCAAUUCACUAUAAGAGCCAAUGGAACGCCUCAUUUUGUUUUCAAAUUGGAGAAUCAAAAAGAUGUAUAUGUGGCAAGCUUAAGCAGCAAUGUCCAAGACCAAAACUCGUAUAUGAUCCAUUUGCAAAGAGGAGAAUCAUUGUCAUCAUCAUCAUAUCCAGUUGGUAGAAUAAAUAUAUCGACUUUGUUCUCAGAGAAAAUCUUAGAGAGACAGUUUGUUUUGUUCAGUAGCAAUGGCGAGCAUCUCAAGAUACCGCGUAGUAUGAAAAACAGAGGAUUGUCUAAAAAUGUAGUCCAUGAGAUCAAGAACGAUAAAAGAAUCUCAAGAUUGAGCAGAACAAGCUUCAUACCUGGUUUAGGUUCUUGGGAUCAGCAAUUCCAAGAACCAAACUAUGACCUUGAGAAGGUGAAUCUGCUAGAAAACAACCUUCCAACAAAUCUUGAAACAUUAGCUGUUGUUGUGAAACAAGAGACUCUUGAGGAAGAAAUUGGAGGUUGGGGAUUAAAGUUCUUGAAGAGAUCGCCCAUGGUCCAAAGAACUAAUGAUGCUACUGAGACUGAAACUACAACAUCUUCGAUGAUAAGUAUGAAUGUUGUGAUUUCUUCAGGGGUUCAUGGAGGGCCUGAAGAUGGACCUUUGAGUUUGAUAGAGAGAUGGAAAUCUCAAGGAAAGUGUGACUGUGGAGGAUGGGACUUGGGUUGUUCCCUAACGCUUCUUAAAGGCCAACCACAGAAAGACCAGUUCGAGCUACUCAAAGAGGGUUCAAAGCAUGAAACGAGUGGAUUAAAGAUUGUGAAUGUUAGUGGAGGAGUCUACUUAGUUCAAUUCGAAGGAAAGUUGACUAGUCUGCAAUCAUUUGCAAUUGCUUUGGCAUUCAUACAUAGCCAGAAGCGCUUAGACCGUUGCAUCUUACAUAUUUGAACUACUAGUUAAGCUUUUUCCUUAUGUUAAUAAUAACAGAACUGGAAAGAAAUUGUAAGAAUGUCUAAAUAGCCAAAAGAUUUGAAUGUCGGAUACAUAUUGUCAGAGAACAAACGAGAAUUUUGGUAGCAAAGAUAUUUUUAACAGAUAAAUAUUGUUAACUCUAUGUAUUAUAAACUCAUCAGAUUCUCUCACAGAAACAAAGCCAUGGAAAGAAAAAGGAAAUCUUUUUAUGACCGUUAGUUAAUUUCCUUUUUUUCUUUUGAGAACCUCUUUGCUUAUAAAUAGAUAAAUACUCUCUCACACAGACUCAACGCUUGUUAUCUAAUUAUUCCUUGAGAGACAAAUCAAAACUCUCUUCUUCGUCUUCUUCUUCUUCUCGAGCCAAUUAUACAGAGACUCUCUGUGAAUUUCGAUGAUCCAAGUAGACAUUGAAGAAGUAAAAGCCGAUGAUGAUGAUCUCUGCAACAUCCGUAAUUGAUCGGAGCGGAAAUAAUAUAAUCGUUUCGUGAUUGAAUGAUGAUCUCCAUCAAAUCUCCGUCAAAAUCAAGAUCGAUUUCAAUUGGCCCUAAAUUCACCAGAUAAUGACCUAGCCACCGAGAUGCUUUCACCGGAGAGUACAUACAUGGAAAAAGAGGAUAGUCGUCGUUUAUCUUGAGAAUUCAAGAUAUGUCAAGUUUCGGAACAAUCACAAGUCGCCUAGUGCGUAUAUCACAACCUACAGGUCCGUAAGUUCAACAUGUUUUCACAUAGUGUAAAUGUUAACCUUCUUAAAGGCGAACCACGGGAAGACCAGUUCAACUACUCAUAGAGCUCGAUUCAUUUCUUAACCUUAAAGCUCGAGUGAGAUAAGAGAUCCUCUAACACAUCAACCUUUUCGUGCUGUUACAAGGUUCAACGUGGGUUUAAAGAUUGUGAAUGGUCGUAAAGGACUCUACUUAGUUCAAUUCAAGCAAUGUUGAAUGUUUUGCAAUCAUUUUCAAUUGCUCAGGUA